UUAUUUUGACAUUCGCAGAAGAUCAUUGACUAGAGUAAUGUUCACCAUUGAUUUGACUUGGUCAGUUUGACGGUCGUUUAGCCAAGCGCCUCUGCAAUUGGAAUCAUGGUAUGGCAGAGUUCAAAAUAAUAUAGGAGCGAGAGAAAUAGCAAAUUUUACAAAGAAGAAACUGCCUGGACUCUGGACUGGAAAGACGAGGGAUUUUAAUCAGCCUUGAAUAAACGGGAGAACAUGUGUGAGGAUAUUUUAGCUGAGGGUGUGGCCUUAGAACUAAGGAAGGGUGGACAUCUAGAUGAUAUUAACCAGUUAUUUUUAAUCCAUGAACCAACUAACAUCGUAAAAUGGCUACAUCCAGAUCUGUCCAUCAAUCUGUUCCAACUGUCCAUACUGUAUACUCGAUUUGAUGUUUUUCAAUAUUUGCUUCUCCGGUAUCCAGCAUUUUUAGAUUAUUAUCCAACCUACCAAGCUUCAAAUCAGUAUCCAGAUAUCGAGAAUGAAAAACUCUUAUUAAACGCUCCGCUACAUCUUGCGUGUUUGGUAGGAAAUAUAGAAAUGGUUCGAUAUAUACUGGUGAAUAAAUCAUCAGGGACUUUAUCACAUGUUAGUUUAGUCAAUUUAAAGUACGAGGCUGAACAGGGGUCUUUAAAAGAAUGGAAAAAGGUGAAGCGAAUGGACAUGAAAAUGGGGAAACCAUUUGAAUUCAGCAUAACAAGUGGAAAUAUUGAAUGUAUGGAUUAUCUUUUGACCAAUCAUAUUAUCCAAUGUCUGGCAUUGCGCUUUUUGUAUGCUGGUGUACGCGAACCCUCGUCAUUGCUACACAAGGCGUGUUCCAUUGGCAGUGUACCAAUGAUUCAAAUAUUGCUCGACAGAUCCUUUAAAGAUGUUUUAAGUUUAUGUGAUAAAAAUGGGAAAACUCCCCUGCAUAUCGCGUGUUGGAACGGAGACACGAGAAGUCUUUGUUUAUUGCUGGAAAAUGGAGCUAGUGUAAAUUGUAUGACAGAGUCGAGGAAUUGUCUGCAUAUACUCUACAGAUCUAAACUGCAUCCGUACAAUUAUAAGCCAAACACACAAGUGCUUCUAGAUUACGGAAUUGAUUUCCACGCAGUUGACAAAAAUGGAAAAUCCGCUCUUCACAUUUUGUCGGAAGAAAUUGGAAUAAGUCGUGUAGAUGUUAUGUGUUACUGGAAGAAAGCGUCUGAAGCUAUUACAGAUAUGACUGUAACAUCCAGUUCUAACACACCCUACACUGUUGAUACAUAUCAAAAUGAUCUUCUCGCUUGCUUAGAACUACUUCUCCAGAAGGGUAUUGACCCUAAUAUGAUGUCACAUAAAUCAGGAGGUAAUCAGACCCCUGUGGAAGUUCUGCUACAGUACAGUUCAUUGCCGUAUUCUUGCGCCACACUCUGGCUUAAUCCAGAGGUUGUUUAUGAUGCUUUGAAAUUACUAAUGCAAUAUGGAGCCAAUCCAAACUUCGAAAGUCGAGUCACAAAUAUGACUUUAUUUAACCAAUUUCUAGUUAAUCACCUUGCUGAUAUUAGGGUUGACAUGCGCGAGAAGUUUAUUAAUUUAUUUUGCCAGUAUGGAGCGAACCCCAAUAUACCCCUCUCCCCCCUCGACUAUCCUGUGUAUCCAAUCCUCUCGGUCAUGGAAUGCUUACCAAAUUUAGAAACGACUAAAAUUGUUUUGGAUUAUAUGUCCCUCUCGAUGUAUCAAAAGGUUUUGAGUCUCAUUCCAAGUCAAGUUAUACCACGACUAAUUGUUAAUAAAGAGAAUCAUUUUAGGGAUCACAGUAGGAACUUGCAUUUCAAUAGCCAAAAUUCCGGAGAUAUGCAGGAUGAAGCAUUUUGGGAGUAUGUUGGUAAUUUGAAACUGUUAGUGAGAAAUGGUCGCAUGCGAUCUUUAAAGCAUGUUUGUAAACUGAACAUCUUGAAAUGUUUUGGAAGGAAAGGAUAUUUAGUAGAAAAACUACCACUGCCAAAUGUUAUUAAGAACUAUCUUGAGAGCUCCCGUUUUUAAAGGAGAUUUCUUUGAUAAAGGACAAGAUAAACACUACCAUGGAGUUAGAUGCUUAGUUUUAAAAUACAUGUACAUGUAGUUCCCAGUAAAUUUCUUAUACAGUAAUUUACUUAGUUUUGUUAAUGAGUUUUGUUUCAUCUAAUUUUGUUAACCAAGGAAAAUAAUUCUUAAAAUACAAUGGAACAGAAUCGUUUUGUAAGUUUCUUAAAAGUUUCGUAUUCUAUGAUAAUGGAAAUAAAAUUUCCAUUUUUAUACACCCACUUAAAAUAUGGUUGUAUAUUGUUGUCACCUCCGUUUGUCUGUCUAAUGAUCCAUCUGUCACACUUCUAUUUAACUUCAAGUUUAUGCAGUGUUUAUGUUCAUGUUCAUCAGGAUUUCCAGUGCUGGAGGACAUGCGGCCUGGCAAGGGACAAGGUAUAGUCAUUCGGAUGGAAAUGAAAACCGUGAUCCUGUGUAGUGUGUACACAUUGGUGUGCAUGUAAAUGAACCCUUGACAGUUGGAAUGCCCAUCCACGCUGCAUGGUUAUGCUUGUUUUCAUUAGCCCAGUGAGAGCAAAAGAGUACAUGUGGGACGUUAAAUCCUAUUUCAUUUCAUUUAUUUUUUGCAAUGUGGCCUACUUUCGAUUGAUUUGAAAUUUGUACAUAAAUCUGCUUGGGAGAUGAAAUCAGAAGCAUCCUGUUGAUUUUCCAUAAUUAUUGCCCUUGAUUAUUUCAAAAAUCCUUGUGGAUGCUUUAGAGACUAUACAUGUAUGAGCAGCUGACUGGCAUACAUGUACAUACAUGUUGUUUCUAUGAAAAUGAGAUGAAGAAUCCUACUGAUUUUUAAUAGCCAUUUGCAUUUGAUUGACUUGAAAUAUUUACAUAAUGUUUAUAUUCAUCAGUUGCUAAACCCUAUUUUAUGAUUUCAAAUAAUUACUGUCUGAGUUACGUCAUGUUUGGCUUAGAAAAAUCUUUUUGAUGUCCUGAAGGCUAAAUUUAUCACCUGACAUUUAUACGCAUUCUCUAUUUUCAAGAAACAAAAAGCCUAUUUUUUAAAAAAAAUUUGGAGUUAUUGGCCUUGAUCACAAAGUUUUCAUCAAAGUUUAAAUUCUUUUAAAAUUUUUAUACACCUGCAUUGAAAUGUGGUCGUAUAUUGUCGUAGACCUCGCUUGGAUUUUCAACGAUUUAUGAUAAUUACUGCCAGAGUUAUGGCCCUUCAUCACUUUGAAAAAUUCUGUGAAUGCUCCAGAGGCUAAAGUUAAUAUCUGAUUGACGUUAAAUCUUUACACAGUGUUUAAGGUCUUUAGACGAACAUGUAUAUUGAUUUUUUAUGAUUUUUGAUAAGUGAACAGCGAAAUCUAUGAUAUUAAAUGUUUUGUAUAUAUGGCUGCAUGGGGCAGAACUAGAAGCCAAAAAAAAAUUCUAAUGAUUUUCUGAUAAUUACUUAAUGAGUUGUUACUCUCAAUCAGAUUUUAGUGUAUUUAUUAUAAAUGUUUCAAUUUUUUCAAAGAAAAAAUAUGGGACAACUCUUGUUGAUUGCCCGAACGAAUUAGCUGCUGUUGGCAUAUGUUUGUUGCCUCGCAACCUAUGUUUUUAUUAUUGGAAGCAAACUUUUUAUCGUAGAUGGUUACAUGUAGGCCUAAUCUGAAUUAUUGGACUCUUUUAAUUUCCUGGUGGGUUAAUUAUUGAGGAAUCAAGGAGAUCAAUUCUCUUUCUUUGGAAGGAUCAUAAAUCAGCCUAAAAUUGUGUGUGUCUAUGCUUGCAAACUCUAAUCUGGGCACAGAGAUCAUUUAAAAUCUCUUUAUUUGGAAGGAUUGUGAAUUAGCCCAAAAUUGUGUCUAGGUUUUAAGACUCAAGCUUGGGCUGAUACAUGUAUCUCUAAACAUAUGGCUGUCACAGACUGGGAAAGGAGUCAGCAGAUUCAGACUAUCAUAAGCCUAGAUUUGUUAAAAUGUUAGUUUUAUUCAGUACAGUCCAAGAACUUGUCAGGUUCUUUUUCUUUCAGAUACCUCUGAUAUUAUUUUUUGCAAUUUAUUUAUGGUUUAAUAUUUGCUAUUGCAACAUAAGUAGUAAAACAUAUAUUUUUUCUCACAUUCACGAUCAUAAAUACACAAACAUUGACAGGAAAGCAUAUGUGGCUCAGUGAGAAAGACACAGGCUCACUAACCAGAAGGUCACAAGUUUGAUCCUGAUGAAAGUCGAGACUGUUCUCGGGACUUUCAAGAUAAGAGUGAUGUAUACAGCCCUUUUUAUACGCCCACAUUGAAAUGUGGUUGUGUAUUGUUGUCGCUCCAGUUGGUCCGUCCAUCGGUCUGUCUGUCCACAAUUGCUUGUGGAUGCUCUAGAGGCUAAAGUUAAUAUCCGACUUUACAUUGCUACACAGUGUUUAAGGUCAUGAGACGAAGACUCCUAUUGAUUUUCAAGGAUUUCCGGUAAUUACUGCCAGAGUUAUGGCACUUGAUCACAUAGAGGCUAAAAUUGAUAUCUGAUUGACAUUAAAUUUAUGCACGGUGUUUAAGGUCAUGAGACACCUAGGAUUCAAGGAUUUAUGAUAAUUACUGCCAGAGUUAUGACCCUUCAUUACUUCGAAAAUCUUGUGGGUGCUCUACAGGCCAAAGUUAUGAUUCGAUUGACUUUUAAUUUAUACACAGAGUUUAAGGUCUUUUGAUCAAGUAUAUUUAUUUUCAAUGAUUUUUGAUAACUUGAACAGCUAAAUCCAUGAUAUUUAAUUUUUUGUAUACUAAACGUUAACAUCGGGCAGAACUAGAAGCCAAACAAAUGCUACUGAUUUCUGAUAAUUACUUUAGUGUAUUGUAAAUGUUUCAUUACCGACAAAAGAAAAAAAAUAUGUGACAACCCUUGUUGACUGCCCAGAUGACUAAUAUGCUGUGGGUGUAUGUUUGUUGCCUGGCAACCUAUCUUUAAUAUAAAAGUGAUGUAACCAGCCCUUUUUAUUAUACAAGUGAUGUUCACAGCCCUCUUAUAAUAAGAGUGAUGUAAACAGCCCUUAUUGUGAUAAGAAGCUCAGCUAAAUUUAUUAUAGCAUUGUUACUGCACUCGUUUAUUAUUAUGCAUUUAUUUAUUUAUAUCUUCAUUUUUCUUUCAUUUGUUCAAAAAUAAAAUCACCUGUUGAAAGAUCA